UUGGCAAGUGGGCGUGACAAGUUUCGAAGCACAUGACAGAGCCAAGCGGAUGAUUUGAACCAUUGAUUGCACGACCAGCCGAUGAUCAGUGUCAACAAAAUGACGUCUCCUCUUGGCUGUGCAAUUAUCGCUGCACUCUUCUUUGCCAAUUGCCAUGCAGCCGGGAAACCAAACUUUGUCAUAAUGUUGAUGGAUGACAUGGGGUGGGGAGACCUGGGCGUGUAUGGCCACCCAGCCAAGGAGACCCCCAACCUAGACAAGAUGGCCGCCGAUGGGAUGCUGCUGCCAGACUUCUACUCGGCCAACCCCCUCUGCUCGCCCUCUCGGGCAGCGCUCUUGUCUGGCAGGCUUCCAAUACGGAAUGGUUUCUACUCGAACAAUGACCAUGCCAGAAACGCAUACACCCCCCAGAACAUCGUGGGAGGAAUACCAGACGAGGAGAUCCUCUUCCCAGAACUCCUGCAGCAGGCCGGGUACCGGAACAAGAUCAUCGGGAAAUGGCAUCUAGGUCAGCAGCCUCGCUACCACCCCCUGAAGCAUGGAUUCAAUGAGUGGUUUGGUGCCCCCAACUGCCACUUUGGCCCCUUUGAUGACAAGAAAACCCCCAACAUCCCCGUCUACAAGGAUGCAGACAUGGUCGGCAGAUACUACGAGGAAUUCAAGAUCGAGAAGUCCGGCGAGUCAAACCUCACACAGAUUUAUAUCAGUGAGGCAAUAGAGUUUAUAGAGAAGCAGGCAGCAGCAGACCAACCCUUCCUUCUCUACUGGGCUGUGGAUGCUACCCAUCAACCACUGUAUGCCUCCCGCAAGUUCCUGGGUACCAGUAAGAGGGGGCUGUAUGGGGAUGCUGUGAGGGAGCUGGACUUUGGUGUGGGGGUCAUUCUGAACAAACUGAAACAGCUGAACAUCGACACCAACACACUGGCUGUCUUCUCCUCGGACAAUGGCGGUGCCACGUAUGCCAAGACACAGGGUGGCAGUAAUGGCCCCUUCCUGUGUGGUAAGCAGACAACAUUUGAGGGUGGCAUGAGAGAGCCCACCAUUGCCUGGUGGCCAGGCAGAAUCAAACCUGGAAAGGUGUCACAUCAGCUAGGCUCCCUCAUGGAUCUGUUCACCACCCUGGUGGAGCUGGCAGGCCUGACCCCACCCAGCGACCGUAUCAUCGAUGGCAUCAGUCUCAAACAGACACUGUUUGAUAACAAGCCCAUCAACAGGACCAUCUUCUAUUACCGUGGGGAUGAGCUGAUGGCUGUCAGGGUGGGUCAGUACAAGGCACACAGGUGGACUUGGACCAACAGCAUAGAAGAGUUCAAUAAAGGCACCGACUUCUGUCCUGGCGAGAUAAUAGCCAACGUGACCACUCACGAUCAGACCAACCACUCCAGUCAGCCACUUCUGUUUCAUCUGGGACGAGAUCCAGGCGAGAAGUACUUGAUCAAACCUGCCUCAGCUGAGUACAAGUCAGUGAUGCCAGGCAUCAUGCAAGAGAUCAGUAAGCACCAAGCAGCUCUCAUGCCGGGAAAACCACAGCUGAACUGGUGUGACAAGGCCGUCAUGAACUGGUCCCCCCCUGGAUGUGAAAAACUGAACAAGUGCAUCACGCCACCCCCAUCUGCACCAGUGCUGUGUACCUGGCCCCACUGAGUGUAGGCUCUGUGAGGGAAACACUGCUGGCAGCAUGGAACCCAGCACAUGGCGGAUGACAGCGGGGUGCAGCCAUCUCACAUACUAGUUACACUUCUUAGACCAUACAAGGAAUGGUGUGUCGACAAAUCCUUUUGGGAGCAACCAUGUCAUAUCCUGAGAGUUUUGUUGACACACAAUACUCUGUCAGUCAGCACUGCAGGACAUAUUUUUCUGAAAGGAAGAGCCAACAGUUUUUUUGCUCAAAACACAUUAUUUUUCAGAAUAACCAGCAUGACCUGUGAAAUUUGUGGGUUUUUUCGUAAAACUUUAGGACAAAUUGCUAUUUUACUGGAUUUCGGGAACAGAUUUGUUUUUCCAAAUAUAAAUCCCUCCCCUCCCACAGCGGAUAUCAAAUGGUUUGUGUAGAGGCAUACUGUCUCUGUGUUGUCUAUAGUUUGACAAUCAUGAAAUAAUACAACUUGUAUUCCAUCCAAUUUAUGUAAGAGCUUGCCAAUCCAUUAUCAUUAUUCUCGAAUUGACAUUUAUCUUAUUGUGAAAUGACAGGAUCUAACUUAUUAAUUCUUUAAAGAAGACAGCAUGUCAAUGAGACACAUGCAAUCCAAACUAAUUGAAAUUCACAAGAUGAGCAGGAAGGUGAAUACAAAAUCUCAAAAUUUUCACUACCUUAAACGAAGAAAAUACCAAACAGUGGAGAAAAGAGGGAUUUUAUUGGUUUCAGUCAGUUGAGGUUUGGUUUAUGUUACCAUUCCAAUAAAAGAUUAACCUGAAAUGCUCUAUAGAAAUGGUGUUCAGAGUAGUGUUAAACUUCAUUCUACCGUGAUUUUUGAAAAUUCUUUUCUGAUUGUCAGAGGUUUCAAAUCACAAUAACCACUUCUGAUUAAAAAAGCUGAUUUAAUGUCACUGUGUUAGCUUUAGGUAUUGUAUGGAAAAGUCUUUUGUCUCAAUAAUUGUCAGUUGGCAUUUUGAAAUACUGUUCUGUAUAAUCAUGAGUUACAAAGAAAUAUAGCUGUGUGUUUGGUUUCAAAUUCUGUUCAGGAUGGUGAAAGCUACAUGUGACCUAGAUCUACAUUGAAAACAGUCUGUUUAUCAACUCACUCUCUCCCAUAUAUGAAGAGGUCACAUGUGUCUCUAAGUGCCUUCGUUAAAAGCAGAGGAACCUGUAUUUUUACAGUGUUUUGCUCUCACUUAUAAUCAUUUUAUACCAUCGAUGCACAAAAGUGAUGGGGUGUCUUCAUGUAGUACAUUAAAAUAUGAUAUUGUCAUCCAACUGAUAUUGUCAUCACUUGGGUUGUGGGUCUACUUAUACAUUCACAGUAUGAUGUACUGUAGGAUUCGUCUUACCUCACCAUAAAUGUUGUAGCAGGAUUACGAGCAUCUUCCCAAGGCAAGAGAGUUAACUGUCUUUAAAAGUCCAGUUUCCACCCUUGCCGAACAAGGCUGGAAUUCCUGGGCUCGAUCGUAGCGCCACCAGUCGCUAUUGCGAGUUAUGUCCC